CUUUUUUUUAUUCCGAUAUUUCUGUUGAUAACUUCUAAGUUGUAAUGGUUAUAUUCAAAAUAUAUAUUUUUUGGUUGAACUGCCAACUUUCCCAAGGCCGCUUCUGUAGCUGCUUUCCAAUUAUGGAUCUAAACUACAUCCCUGGAAAAGUAGAUGGUAAUUGAUCUAAUAAUAAAACCUGUUAAAAAUUGCGAGACAAAUCUCAAUGAUAAAAAAUAAAGAUCAGUCUAAAAGAGAAGACCCCAGACCAUAAUUACUGCAUGCACAAGUCGUUGUAGGAGGGAAACGUAACGUUCCUCUCUCAAAGCCCAGUUGAGUGUGAAAUGGGUGUGGUUUGGUUGGUUAGUUUAACAAAAUGGUGUUUCCUUCAUUUUCCAUGCCCUAAGACCGCUGUGGUUGCUCGCGUUCGAUCCAAUGCCCCAAACCCAAGUACCAAGUCCACCAUUUCUUUUCCUCCUCGUCCUUCCACUCUUCUUGGAUUUCAGUGGCCUGAUGGGAAGCAAUCUCCUGUUACUAAGGUGCAUGCACAGCUCAAUGAGGUUGUUGCCAAGAAGCCUUCAAACUCCGCACCUGUUCUGGACACCAACUCCGAAGUUCCAUCAUCCGAGGAAAAAGAUGAGCCUGCAGAAAACAUUCCAGGUGCAUCAUCAAUUUUGGCAUUCAUGGCACAAGUGUCAGACCUUGUAAAGCUUGUGGAUUCAAGAGAUAUUACAGAGCUCCAACUGAAGCAAUUAGAUUGUGAGCUCAUAAUAAGGAAACAGGAGGCUUUACAGCUACCACCACCAACAGUUCCUGUCAUUGCAAUGCAGCCUCAUUACCAACAAGCAGCACCUGCAUCUCCACCACCAGCAGCUCCUGCAUCUGCUCCUCCAUGCUCCACUCCUCCAGCUUCUGCACCUGCCUUACCUUCCCCUGCAAAGACGAGCACUUCAUCUCAUCCAUCACUGAAAUGCCCAAUGGCAGGAACCUUCUAUCGGUCUCCAGCACCUGGUGAAGCCCCAUUUGUGAAGGUAGGAGAUAAAGUGCAGAAGGGUCAGGUCGUCUGCAUUAUUGAGGCCAUGAAGCUACUGAAUGAAAUUGAGGCUGAUCAGUCUGGAACCAUAGCUGAGAUUCUGGUCGAAGAUGGGAAACCAGUUAGUGUGGACACGCCUUUACUUGUCAUUGCACCAUGAAUCAAUUCCCAGGAUCAUUAUAUACUCGGUAGCAGCCAGUAUUUGCAGACGAAUAACUUCAGAAUUUGCAAUAUCACUCGAUUUAUUACUUUGUAAUAUUUUUAAAAGAAUAAUUUUCCUAUCUUCGUCUGGGGAAAGCUCUAAUUAUACUUUUAUAAUUGCGUUUGAUAAGCCUCAAGGCAUUAGAAAUGUAGGAGAUGAGUAAUUUUUAAGAAGUCAAAAGUGUCAAAUUUUUAAGACA